CAACUUCGGUCAGCUCGGUCUAUGUGCAUACUAGCGGUCGUCAACGUGUGUGAACGGACAACUGUCGGUGGAUUGUGUACGAGGCGGCCAGCUAGCAGCAACAGGGUGGGCGUCCCUGUCGAGGAAAAUUCUGUUGGAACGGAUUUUCUCGCGUGAAAAUUUUCCGCCGUACUACUCAGUGUGAGUUGGACGAUGGAACGCGUAACUUUGAUCCUGUGACUAUAGAACCUAGAGUGUUUUGUCGGUUUCAUUUUUCCUAGACCGGUAUUCGUCCUUUUAUGGACAUGCUCGAGUAGAAUAGAAUUAACAAGGCUCAGUGCAGCAGAAAGAAAGGAAAGAAAAAAUAUCAGUGAUCAAGAAACGUGCGCAAGCCGAUUUCGAGCAGAAAAAGAAAAAGCAUUUGAUUCGUGCCGGGAAAAGUGAAAAUACGCCUUCGAAAUCGUGAGUGUAAGAGGUGCGUGAUCAAAAGGGCACAGUGCUGUGUGUCCCUAUAAAUACGACUGAUUUAUGAAAGUUGUGAAUGUUUUCGAAGUGAAAAAGAAUCUAUGAAAAAUCGUAGACCAGCUGAAAAGCUCAGUUACAUUGGAUGGUGCUUGAACGAACGGAUUUUCGCAGUCCUCUGAACGUGCUAUAAUUGGCAGUUUUCCUAAUCCGAGCAGCGAAAAAUAAUUGCGCUCCGAGAAGCGAUUAUAGCAGCUGUGCUAACUCAGGAAGUGGUGGACGCAGGAUUGAAAGUCUCGCCGCAAAAUGGACAAAUCUUCAAGCUAUGGCGGUCCACCACAGUCCACAAUCGGCAGUUCAGCACGACGGAUACAGGCACAACUGCCAGCAGAACCGCCGGCUUGCGUGCAAAAUGCCAUGAUGCGACGUGAUAAGCAACCAUUCACAUAUACCCCUGGUGGCAUUGACCUGUCCCAGAUCAAAUCGCCCCGUAUGGCCAAACGGAUAUCACGGAACGCACAGUCGGAAGGUGUGAGUAAUCAGCCAAAAGUCUCCCCACUAGCACAGAAUAAUAACACUAGCAAUAGUAGUAGUAGUCAACCAGCAGUGUCUCCUGCGGCGACUUUGGGAGCUGCCGCAAUGGGUAUGCCCUUCCAGGUAUUUCCCACGGGGCCUCCAGCUCCUCCCCCUCCACCUCCUCCAAGUGUAGCAAGGAAGCCAACACAGGGACAAACCAACGGUAACAGUGCACCUGCUCCACCUCCUCCUCCCCCACCACCAGUUCUUUCAGUUGAGAAAAAGACUCCAGUACCACAAUCUUUCGAACCACCUCCGAUGGGAUGUAGGCCAGAGAUCAAAAUCCCACCAAAUCCAAUGGCCAAUCUUCGAAAAGCGCCUCGUCCUCAACCAAAGAACGAUUUUUGGAUAGAGGAAUAUCGAAACGAGAAACGCAAUGAUCUGCCAAACCCUGUUCAGCAGAUGCCUGUGUAUAGUACGCGAGAAGCAGACGAAGAAGUCGCUAAGAAUACGCAUAAUCGCACAGACCAACUUACCGUUAGGAACGAUUCGCCCAAUCGCUCACCAAGCCCAUCCAAUCUAACUAAAUCGCUCGAAAACGGUUCACAGGUGUCGACAAUGAAGACACCUCCAGUCUAUAGUCAAAGUCCAGUUCCACCCAACCUCCCACCACCUAUCACACCAACUAAAUUAUCACAACCAUCAUCAACCCUGUCCAUCGACUCCACAUCGAAACAGACCAAGGAACAGUCUCCUAAGCCCCGACAAAAAUCACCACCAUUAUCUACUCCACCAUCUCCGCCCACCAACGGAACAUCCGUUAGCACGCAAAACACUGCACCAACCACAAUCACCAACUCCACAACGGUUAAACCUCCCACAGCUCAAAAGCCAGCCCCUCAAGCAUUAGGUUCUCUAUACAUACCACCACCUCACGAAGCGUUUGCCAAUAGCAAGCAGAGUCUACUCACUCAAACAAGCCCACCAUGGAUGUCAUCACGUCAAAACAGUGUUAAAGAACAGCCCGAAUGGGUUCAUAAAGAGGACCCCGAUUACUUGGGAUCCAAAGUAUCAUCAGCGUCCAAGUCAAACAGUAACGAAUUCGCGGUUAAAUCUUCAGAAUCUAUCACUGCAGCUCCACCAAGUCCGCCGAAACCUGCUCCAGUACCAAAACCGCAGCAAUCCCCUCAACCCACUACAUCAGUUAGCAGACCACAGACUAUCGAGUUGCCCUCUCCAGCAAUCUCACAAACACAUUACAUACAGCUGCAAAAUCCCAAGGUCACACCCCAGCCAAUCGUACAGCAGGCUCCUGUAGGCACAAUGCCAACACUUCGGAGCUAUCAACAAACACCGGUAUAUGUGCAGAACCAAGAGUACUCCCCGCAGCCGGCAACAACUCAAAAGGAACGCAUCAUACCCAUACAAAUGGAACAGUCGCCUAUUAAAACGCCGGCAUCAGCACCAAGUUUUGCACCUCCACCGUACUACAGUCCUGGACCGCAAUACAAUACCGUUCAGUCGCCACUUACAGUUGGUUAUCCAGGUCCUCAUAGUGGCUUUACAACACCAACCGCGAUGUACAGCAACCCAAAUCACUUCGUCAAUCAGGGCUAUAACAACAUCAACUACCCGCCUGCAUCACCUCAGCAUCCCAUGUAUCAACAGCAUCACCAGCACUAUCAACAGCAACCGCCACCAAUGCAGCAACAGCAACAACAUCAGCAAAUGAUGCACCAACAACGAAUGCAGCAACAGACGCCUACGCAACAACCCGGAGGUGUUCGGAUCAUACCAAUCAAAGUCGACAACGACAACGAGACUACGGCUACCACUGUGCGUGGACCUCUAUCUCAAACGCCAGCAAUCAUUCAAAGCGGUGACCAUAGAUAUAUCAUUCACGAUAUCCCGCUAGAAGCUAAGCUUCGUUUCCUUAAAAAUAGACUCAGUGAUCCGCGAAGCCACAAUAAUCCACAGGCCUGGAAUGGCAACAGUGCGCCAAAUCAGUCCCGUUCCUUCAGGGUACUACAGCAGAUUACAGACACCAUGGAAGAUGCCGAAUCUGGGUCAACGCCGAAGCCAUCAAAUGAACAACAGCAGCAGCAACAACAACAUCAACAGUCAAACAGCAACGUCGAGGGUACGGAGAAUCAAAUGCGUCGGCUUCAGCUGAGCAAAGACGACAAGGCACUGAUGAAUCGAGUCAAAAAUCAAGUUGACGGGGAAGUAUAUCUCCACAACGAAGAAGAUCCCCGUUAUCGCGGUGCAGCCAUACCUUCAAAGGCGUUCAGGUAUCUGCAGAACAUGACCGACGGCGGUCAGGCUUCGAAUCCGAACAGUGCCGGUUCAUCCAACCGUUCCAAUCAAAUGUUUGUGCAAAACCGUGGCAACGCUAGUGAGUCAGAGGAUGAAACGGCACGGCAGUACGUUCCACCGAGCGAACAAAGGGUGGAGGAACCGAAGAAAUACACCGGAAGUGCUAUACCAAGCCGAUCGUUCAAAAUGCUUCAAGCAAUGACUCAAUCAGAUGCACCCGCCGAUACGAAUGCUUCUGAAAUAGAAGGUAGUCAAAAUUUACCAUGCAACGGCGAAAUCCGAUAUUCACCUUACCCUUAUCCGCUUCAACCACACUAUUGUUGUAAUCCGAAUUGGCACUACUAUGACCCAAACAAUCCUCAAUUCUAUCCUCAUGCACCUCCACCGCCACCCCAUCAUGCACCCGGAUAUUACUAUCCUCCUCCACCACCUCCGCCACACGGUCACUACGACCGGAACUCGUACUAUGCUGGCUAUAUGUCACCACAUCCCUUCUACUAUCCACAAGAACCAUGCUCACCCUGUACGCCUCCACCGUACUAUCAGGUUGGUCAACCACAGAUUGCAUACUGUGAAAAUGUCGUUCCUGAAUCACCAACGCACUCCUACGUCAUUACAACUCCACCUCCACGACUCAUAGUCACCCCAAUACAUGAAUCGGCCGACUCAGAUGUCGAAUCUACACUGAGCGACUUCAACAAUCCUUUGACUCGCUCCCAAAGCAGCUUGCAACGUCUAUCGGAACGCCUUGCCAACUUUAGCACAUCCCCGGAGAAAAUGAUUCCCAACGUUUCGGAAUCUGUGGUGCGCUGUUCACCCAGCAGUCCACUUAACGAAAGAUACCGUACCUUUGAAGAAAGUACCUCUUCGGCACCUUCCUCUCAGUCUGAAUGUUCAGACUCGGAAGAGGAAGGCCGCAAAAGUCUGGCACAAACUUCUGCAAUAACCGCCGCAAUCAAAGAGCCAAUACAAAAUGGCACAGAUGGCGACGAAGAACAUGAUAAUCAAGAAGAUGAAGAAAGUAGCGAUGAGAGUGAAGAUGAAACUACCGUUGGUUACGAGAGCAGUCCUCAGGAACAUUUGCCACAUCAGUUGAGUGUCAUUUUCGAGGAAGAGAGCGUCUAUUCAAGCUCGGCCAAUGCAAGUCGUAGGGCUAGUGUGUGCAGCAACAGUUCAACACUAAGCGACUGUUCAUCUACACUGGCCAAUGACUUGGAUGACGAUGAUAGAAAUACAAAUGAACUCAAUGGGGUGCAAUUUGACCGUGGUAAUCAUACGGACGACGACAUUGAUCGUUUAGAUGACGAAGAAUUAACUGAUGAGGGUGAUAUGGUCUCGAAAGAAACUCAUAUUGCUUCUACAACUAAGCAUGAUUCUGAGGGUGUUAUCGAAUCUGAAGAAGAAUCAGCGACCGAAGAGGAGGAUGGAGAAGAGGAGGAUGAAUCAACGGACCAAGAAGAAAUAGAAUCUACAUCAACAGCAGAUAAGACAGUUGUGGAUACAACUAAAGAUAAUGAAGAUGAUGAUUCAACCGAAAGCGAAGACGAAUAUAGCGAAGCUGAGGAAACUGAAACGGAGUCGGAUGACGAAGAAGAGGAUGAUAAUGCAAUGAAUUCAGACGUUACUGUCACAAUUACCAUACCUUCAAUGAGUAGCAAAUCAUUAAAUGAUUGCACUAUAGAUAACAAUUCUGUUAUUGAAAAGGAUGAUGAAUCAAAACCUACAUUUACUGUAGAUUAUGAGGAUGACUCAAACGUUUCGGUUUGUGUUUCGUUAUCAUUGAAAGCGAAGCCAGCGACUAGUGAGGAACCUAAUAAAGAAUAUGAAAACCACAAUGAUGUUAAUACACAAGAUGAGACAGAAAAUGAAAAAGAGGAAGACGACGAAGAAAUUGAUUUUUGGAGCCAAAUAGGCGAAGAAGAUGAAAUGAGUAGACCGAGCCGAUCGUAUUCCAGAGACUUCUGGAGUAGCCGUGAAGCUAGUGUUGAUCGAGAUGGUGAGUGGAACCAAGAGAAUGAUGAAGAUACUAACGAUGAUGGAGACACUGAUUUUUGGAGCAGUGAAAAUGGUCCCACUGAAGCAAUAGAUUUGUGGAAAAAAGAUCCAAUUGUUGAAACAUUUUUGGAUCGACAAAAGAACGAAAAUACAACAGAUUCGAUAGAUUUUUGGCAAAGCGAAAACGAAAGAAUGUUCAACAGUUUUUAUAGCAAGCGAAAUCAGGAUCGUGAUGCUGAGAAAGACUGUGCACUUAUGGAUGAAAAUAAUAAUUCUAGUACCUGGGAAAAAAUAGAAAAACUGCCGGAUGCGGAACUCAAUGCUAUUGAAGACAAAAACGACGAUAAAGUCGUGGCAGAAAAAUCAGCUACAUCAAAGGACUCUGAAGAAGAAGUGACUGAAACUGAAAGCUCUGAAGAGGAGAGCGAAGAUGACAGUGAAGAAUAUGAAACAACAAACACAUCGAAGGAGGAAUCGGACGUUGAAGAAAACGGAAUACAGAAUGGAGAUAACAGCAACCCAACCGUCACAGAAGCGAAACUUCCUGAAAUUGUGUUGAAGAAAGCCCCUGUAGCAGAAAAAACCGAUCAUAAAUGUAAUGGGAUUUUGAGCGCGAUCAAUACAAUUACGAAAGAAGAUGAUAAAAAGCUCUCCGUGCGAGAUAGGAUAUCCAUAUUUGAAAAUCAAACUAAUACACCUUCAUUAGAAGUACCAUUGCGACAGAAAUCAUCUGAAUCAAGUAUUCGAUCGAGACCAUCUUCAAUGAUCAAAACGUCUGCUGAGGAAUCAGAGAUGGAAGACGAUUCUGGUAUGACAUCAGACGUAAGCAAACCUAUUUCAGAAGUGGAAACAGACUCCGAAUGUUUCCCAGAAAUGCGCAAAAUGACCCGUUACCAACGAGCAGCAACACAUUCCAGAUUGUUCAAACUUUUGCAGGACGAAAGUAAUAACGGUGAUAGUGACGACGAGGAGGCUGAGAGGUUAGCAUCGAUUGAUUAUACGGAGAUACAAGCCGCAAGUGACGAGCGAAAUGAAGACCACCCUCGCCAUUCAAGUUUCAGUAAAUAUAAUGGGUCUUCAUUCGAUGAUAGUUCCAGUACAUCAAACACUGCCAGCGAUCGCCGAGAUCGCCUAUCACUGCCUAUCAGACAUCAAUCAUCAUCGGGUAUUGAAAGUAUGUCUUCAUCAACUUCAUCUGCAUCUCCUGUAUCAGGAGUCACCAAUGAGAAACUUGCUGAAGAAUUGGUACAAAGUUUAUUGAUGAAGAAGAAAGGCAGACUGUUUCGGAAUUUACCAUUGGAAAAGCUCCACGCGGCUGCUAUGAAAAUAUUACAAGAAGACCUGGAAUCUAAUGGCACCUUGAGUUCCAUUGAAGACAACAUUUUAACCGUAGAUUCCACUCCGGCCUUAACACCACAAGAAUUUAAAUCAGAAUACCAAAACUCUUACGCCGAUUACUAUGACACGUGGAAUGAAUCUACCGGUAAGAGUUCACCUUUAGAAAAUGGUGGACCUGAAGCCGUGCCUUCGAAAGCUUUCCGUAAUCUGCAAGAUUCGACGACCCGUAAGUCGAACAGUUGGUCUGCACGUUGCCCUCGAGUUCUGAGCAGUAAAAGUAUAUCUCGGCUUGCAGAUGUGCGGGAAACGGAUGCCUCCGAGACCAGUGCUUAUCCCCGUUCACGUCCACUAUCACGCGCAUCCAAUCACUCACCCUAUCCCACAUUUUCCGGGCUGAUAGAGGAAUCUCCAUCCGGUUCGAGGAGUCCGUAUAAGCAGUCCAAGCACAGUAAUUUUUGAGAAUUAUAGCAGAUGUCUUUGCUAAAAUUCGUUAGCAGAUUGACAUUUGAGUCAAGACGUCGUUCGGUGAUUUGGAACACGCCAACGCGACAAAUUUUCUUGUGCUGUUAUAAAAAUUGCGUUGAAGCAUAUUGUAUUGAGCGUUUAGCGAACUGUAUAUUUAUGAGAAAAGUUUGUGAGAAACGGUAGCAGGAAGCAUUCAUAACAAAAGCAUAUCAUCAAGAUUUCAGAAAAGCAGAAAAAAAGAAUACCACUGAAAGGAAAGAUUAGCUACAUUUGCCUUGUUCUUUGUGCCGCUGUACAAAAUAGUAUUGAAACAAACAAUGUCUUAGACCCAUAACAAAGUUUACCACACAACCACAGACACUAUUUCUCGUCAUACACAUCGUAUAGUGAGUAAAGUCCUGGAGAAACUGACUUCUGAUCACAGAGCAAGGAAUCAGACAUUUGUCUACAAGCAAGCAGUCCACGGAUUCCUCACCAUAAGCGCACACCAUCAUAGGAAUUGUUGUAGCAUUUUACUAGCUUUAUGGAAAGAAAUUUAGCAUUAAACUUUCGGUUAGCUUAUUGUUAACAGAACACAAAACGAAAAAAAAAUGCAAAAAAAAACAUCUUAUAAUUCGAGUUUUGAUUUGUUUUGACCUCAAUUUUUUUUCAUCAUUAUACUAUAUAUUUUGAAUCAAUAUUUGAAUAACAUAAAUUUUGUGUGAGUGUGAGAUCUCAAAUUUUAUACAUACGUUGAAAAGUUGUGAUUUUGAUUCUGGCCUUAUUUCUGAAAUCUUGAUAAUAUUUUGCUUGACUUUUGUUAAAUGCAUCGACUAGAGUUUAAAAACAAGGUGCAACUGAAAGUAUCAAAUGAUAAAGCGAAAUGUGUCAUUGUAUUGUAAUAUAAGAAAAUAGAAUAUUGUGCUUAUUUUUGUUUGUUUUAUAUCAAUAAUACACUAUUUAUUUCCGUUGGAUGAAAAAAAAACUCUUCCGAAUUGCCAAAUCAAUGGACAAGAAACGAUCAAAACAAUCCGCUUUGCCAGAAAGGCUUAAACACAGUAAACAAAAUAUAACAAAGAAUACGCGAUCAAUUAACAUACGAAACAAUAGCUGAACUGAUCUGUAACAUAAUUGAGCUGGAAAUAAGACCUUAUCGACUACAAAUGA